UAACACACUCUAAAGUCUAAACUAUCCCCCUUAUCAACGAAUUCUGGAACUCCGUUCACCUUCCUCUAUGACCACCUUCACCACUUCAUCUCAUGACGAUUCACCAUCCCAACACCUUAAAAACCAGUCAAACCAACAACAACACCUUCACCUUAAUCUCUCCUCUCCUGUCCCACUUGGCCACUUCCUCAAUCGUAAGCAUCGUCGCCACCAAAUGUCAGCUUCACCAUCUUCACUAUCCUACACCCCCUUCACUAGAUCUGUCAACACAAAUAACCUUGAAACCCUAUAUUCUCCACCUUUCUUUGUCUCUCUAACAUCCACCACCACCACCACCUCAAAGUUAUGAAGGCGGAUCCGUCGAGUCCAGAAUGGAGCCUCUUCAUAGAGAAAACGUUAAAAAAUUCAACCCCAACCAUUAUCCAGGGUAUGAUAUAUCAACUGACAGUCGAUAAACAACUCAAGAACGAAGCUGACUUAAAAGUCAAGACUUUGUACAGUUACAACUUACACCCAAAAUAUAUCCAAACAGAGAAACAAAUGAUAAUAAGAUCUAUGUUGCAGAUCUAGAUGAGAAAUGGCGUUUGAGAUGAAAGAUAGUUUUUGGAUAUGGAUGAAAUUAGAUUAAAAAAAGGAUUUUUCAGAUUUUAUCUGUAUUGAAAAAUUGACAGAUGUGCAUCAUGCUAAUUACAGUUGGUCUAUUCAACAAAGCAUUUCAAGUGGGAUAUGGUUUGGUUCAAUUAGUUUUAGGUUUUUGUUUAUUUGAUUAUCAUUUCAAAGUUGUUACAGAUCAUUAUUGGCGCUAGCUACCCAAAAGGUAGUAACGGGUUGACUGACCUUGUGAAGAAAACUUUCUUUCAUCUAAUGAAUCAUAAUGAUGAUGCAAUAAAGAGGAUUCCAUGUGUCAAAUUCAUGAUGGGAAAAGCUUAAUGUUGCAAAGAAAGUUUAGCAAGAAAUCUACAAAUCUGUGUAUUUGAGAAAACAAGAGAAUUAAUCUCCCAAACAUCACAUGAUGCCUCUUAACAAUGGUAUUUAGAUUGGAUUAAUUGAUCCAACAUAAUAGUUGGAUCCCAAAUUACUAUGAUCUAAUAUAUUGGAAAAUGUGGAAAGUACCACAAGUUUGGUUGCAUGGAUGAUCGACAAGUUUUGACCGAAUUCCAAGAGUGCAAGAACGUAUACCCAAAUGGAUAUAUAAGGUGUUUAGCCUUUGAUAAUGAUGUGAGGCAUGCUCAGUGCAUUUAUGAUGUUAUUCAGUUGAUUGAGAUGGAUAAUAAGCUGAAAGAUAAUGAAAAGGCUGAACAGUCCACCUAAGCAUCUCGAGUUGUUGAUGUUGUUAAAUAAUAAAUUUUUCUUGAAUAUGAGUUCUUUUUCACAUCUUAUUGGGACGACUCUGACUGUGUGGAUGACAUGAUCAAUUGAGAUGGCUUACUUGCAUGAGGUUAGUACAAAAUAUGUGUGGCUUACUUACACGAGGUUAAUUUUCUUUGUACAACUAUUUGGAAGAUAUUUCUAAUUAUAUCUCUAUACUUAUUGUUUCUUUCGUGUUACUAUGAAAAACCAAAUGAGACACAAGACAAAGUUGCAUUGAUUUUUUUAUGGAUAGGCAAAAGAAGACAUGAGAGUUUUAUUAUUGGUGACAUCAAGUCAGCCAGCGACAUUACAAUCAUAAGCCACAAAACAUUGUAUUUGAAACUUUUUUUUAUUACUUUAUAUGGGGUAGAACGAUAAUGGAAUCUUUUGAAUUGUAUAUUGGAUUUCAUGUUAAUGAAAUACAUU